GCUUUAUCGGAGAAACAGUUAGUUCAUUCAAGUUUCGUUACAAUUAAUAUGCAUAUUUCUAUUUAUUUCGUUGGGAUUGCAUUGUUAAAUGCUCAAUUGUCUUACGCUAAAUUAAGUCCAAUACAGAGCAGUGCAAAUCUGACCGAGUUUAUGAGCUUACAUCGGCAAAAGCGCGGCCUAAUUUUCAAUGGAAACGGGCUAGUCAAGAUAGAUGCCGGUGCAAUCGCUUCUAUAAACAUGGAUGAUCCUAUCGCUUGGCGUUCGAUAGUCUCUAUAAAUAAUAUCCAAGGGGGUCACUACCCUCUGCCAGCGCAGCCCAGCUAUCCAUGGGAGAAGUGGGAGGACACCUUCGCACGCUCCAUGAAAAACUUCGAAGGCCAGGUAGAUUUUGAAACAGAUGACUCUCGAUUAUUUGUCUACACUUUAUUGGAGGUCCUGAUGGAGCGGCAGCAUGGUAAUGGCCAUCGGUGCUUGCUGCGUUCCAUUUGCCAAAAUGCGCAAGUAGACGAACACGUGGGAAUGUUUUCCGAGUUAAUGGAUGUGGUUCUAAGUCCUGGCAAGGAAAAUAUCGAUGGAGCUUACAAGGAUGCCUUUGUGGCUGGAAAAGCAGACGCCGAUUGCAUGCGCUUAUACUCCGAGUGCCGAGUGCCUUCGAACUUCUUGGAUCAAUACAUGGACUAUGUUUAAAGUAAGGGGCAUGUGUUACAAUUUAUCAAUUUCCACAUUCAAGUUAUGAAAUUUUUUGUAAUUAUUUUAAUAAAAAUGUUGCAUGUGAUUGGAUUA